CUAGGGGCCCCGGAUAUCGGUGUGUGUACGUGCCGCGUGGGAGUGGAGGGGGAUGGAGUUACGAACAACGGGACUCGUCGUCGGCUGUCGGAUAGCGCGACGAAAUCAGCGGCGUCGUUUAACAUACGCACGACACUUGAACGCUACCUGAAGCUCGUGCCAUCGGCUCAGGUGAUCCGGUAAACACGUGCUUUCUCAGCGAGUCCCGUUUGUUUUCCUGCAGCCCGCGGCCUGUGACGCUCGCAGCACGUCGUUCCUCGCAGUGCACGAAAUGACCGUCCGGCGUAUCUUCGCACGUUUUCGCAGUUUAGAUUAAUCCACGCCUUGGCCGAGUAUCAUCGACGAAUAUAUGAUGAAUAACGUGACAAGUAUAAUACAUGCAAUAUAUCGGGGGUUUGUGGACAGCUUAAAAGGUGCUGUUGUCCUCUUUUAUAUGGAUAAACAGAUCAAUGAGAAAUUGGUCAGAAAAUCCCUUAUCACAGCAGAUUUUCGGAAGAGAGAUUCAGUUACGCACAGUCCUUCCAAACACAGUAGUCAACAACGAGAGUCUAAAGUACUGAAAAGGACCAUUCAAUGCUGUGCUCUAAAUGGAGGUGUAUUUUGGGCUAGCAUGUUGAUAUUUGAUUAUGGACUCCUGCCGUUUCUUCAGUACUUAUUGACUCUUAUAUUCGGCCAUUCCUCAGGCACUGCGCUCACUGUGUGGUCAUGGACCCAGCCAUUUUUAUCUCUUACAUUUGGUACUGUGUGGGUAUUACCAUUGUUCUUACUCAGCAGGAUAGUUAACAGCUUAUGGUUUCAGGACAUAGCAGACAGCGCUUAUAGAUACAGACAAGGGAGGCCGAUGCUUCUGUCAAGCGUGAGCAAACUGAUAGCCGACACGCUUUUCAGCAUAUUAGUUCAAGCUUUAUUCUUGGGACAAGGAAUGUUGGUAUCCAAGAUUCCUCUACCUUUGCUAGGCGAACUUCUUGCCCUUGUCCACAUGUGCCUUUUAUAUGCUCUCUAUGCCUUUGAAUACAAGUGGUUCAAUAUGGGCUGGGAGUUGCACAGGCGAUUGACUUUUAUUGAAGGCAAUUGGCCAUAUUUUGUAGGCUUUGGUCUGCCAUUAGCAGUACUUACCCAACUGCCCAGUUCGUACUUUACAAGUGGCUGUGUUUUUUCUAUAUUGUUUCCCCUCUUUAUUGUAAGUGGGAAUGAAGCGGAGCCCGUAAUUGGAGUGUGUGAUUAUCCAUUGAAAUUAUUUUCGCCAGUAAUUGCAAUGGCAAACACACUUUUUAACAGAACUAUCGGACGAGCGCACAGGCGGUGACAACCUUAAUGUAAUAAAAAGACAAAUAAUGUACGUAGUUAUCUUUACUUUUCAUAAUAUGUUCGAAAUAAUUGUUACAUAAAAGAUAGCAUUCGGAAAGUUUUUGCAUAUAUAUUGCUAUUGCAGGGGAUAACUCUUUUAUUGCUAAAAACAAACUUAAGUUUUGUGAGGAGUAUGCAAAAAAAUGUGUUUAUUUUUUCAUAUUAAAUGAGACUAAAAUAACACAAAUUUUAUAUUUUUAAUCGAUAUUUAGAUCAUAAAGGAAAUACGCUGUCAUAUUUUAAUUGAUACAUGGGGACUGAUUGAUACAAAUAUCUGUUUAUCUAUAAAAUAGAAUAUGUACAAAAAGCAUUAUAUAAACAUCGUAAGCAUCGCAUUUUAAAGUAUAUCAUUCAUUUAUGGUAUACUUUAAAAUGACGUAACUCAACAUGGAACAAAAUUUAUGAUAAUUUAAGUAUAACUAUACAUACAACUUUGUCCAUUGUGACACAAAUUAAAA